CAGCACGUGGGCCGCGUGACCGCGCGCUCCCCCUACCGCACAGUGACACCGCGGUUGGUCGCCCCAGGCCCCUACCACCAUGCAGACUAUCAACAGACUCCUCUAUGGGCCAACACCAGAAGAGCGGGUACGACAAUGGCAGACUAAGCUGCGCCAGGAGCAGCGCGUUCUAGAUAGGGAGAUGAGGCAGUUGGAUACCGCCACAAACAAGGCGAGGGCAACGGUCAAGCAACUCGCGGGCAAAGGAGAUGUGAAGUCUGCGCGAAUACUGGCCAAGGAGGUCGUGCGCAGCGACAAGCAGAAGGAUCGCCUAUCCGUUAGCAAAGCGAGAUUAGGGUCAAUCAAUAACCAACUCAUGCAGCAGAUGGCCAUGAUCAAGGUCACUGGCUCGCUGCAGAAGUCAACAGAGAUCAUGAAGCUCUCGAAUGCCUUGAUCAAGCUACCGCAAAUUAGUCAAACAAUGCGGGAGAUGAGUAUGGAAAUGACGAAGGCAGGGAUCAUGGAGGAGAUGCUAGACGAUACCCUAGAGAUGGAAGACGAUGAGGAGCUUGAAGAGGAGGCCGACGAGGAAGUCGACAAGGUCCUCUUCGAUUUGACAAAUGGCAAGCUUGGUCAGGCAGGUACCGUACAGACCGAAGUUCCUUCUGCGCAGGAACAAGUGGACGAAGAAGAGACGGAGAGGGCGCUGGAACAGUAUCGGCAGCAACUCAAUGGGCUUCUCAGUGGAUAGAUCCUUCGUGGACUCGGCUUUUGUAUCAUGGUCAUUUAUCGUACCUUCAUGCUUUACUUGUGGACAUUCUGUGGCGCUGUACUAUAUUCUAUGCUCGCUCAAAUGCAUGCGAGCUUUUGGACAUCUUCAGCGCAGUCACGGUAGACGCACCAAGGGGCAAUCCAGUCUAAGUGUAUGCGU